AUGGCGCAUAUCACGGCACCAAACAAUAUGGAAAGAAAACGGUUAAAACAUUACAACUUGUAUCAAGGGUUUUAUGGUUCAAUGUUGUGGUUCAUCUCUUAUCCCCUUAUGUUUGUCUUUUGGUUUGUUAUGGUUGUGUUUGGGACAGCCAUAGAAGCUCAAAAAAAGACCUCCAAUCUAAUAAGAUUGGGUUCUUCUCUAUCCCCUAUCAGCAAACCCAAUUCAUGGCUCUCACCUUCAGGCCUUUCUGCAUUCAGUUUCUACCCAAAAAAGAAUGGAUUUGCAGUAGGAAUAUGGAUAAUUGGCCACCCAAACAACACUGUUGUCUGGACUGCAAAUCAAGACUACCCACUCGUGUUCUCAAAAUCCACAAUUGAGUUUACCAGAGAUGGUAGGCUCAUUCUAAACCAUACCCAACAAGGCACAGAGUUGGAUAUUGCUGAUUUCAAUGUUGACAGUCGUGUUGUCUCUACAUCAAUACUCAACUCUGGCAAUUUUAUGUUAUACGAGAACGAUUCUUCUGUUAUUUGGCAAUGCUUUGAUUCCCCAACUGACACCAUAUUAGGAAACCAAACUCUAUCAGAUCAACUAGUUUCAAGUGUGUCAAGCUCAUCAGACCACUCAAGUGGCCGUUAUUGUCUUCAAAUGUAG